ACAGUCAAUUAAAUCAUUCUCUUGGUUGCAUGAGCCAUGGUCGGUGUGAUAUGUUUGAUGGAGAAGCAAAAUUAGCAUAAACCGCUUCGAGGUAAAAUGAAUCUGCAAGUUCGGAGUUCAACGACCAAUUCCAUCAAUCUGAGCUGGAACUCAUUUCUUCCGAUGGUUGGAUCAUCCACACAAGGCCAUUAUGUGGUCUAUUAUACGACAACAUUCUCAAAUCAUAUCCAGAGUUGGCCGGGCCAAAUAGAGGCUGGAAACAAGACACAGACAUCCAUCAGAAAUUUGAAAGAGAGCACAGACUAUUAUUUCCGGGUGAGCUAUCACAUUCCAGGGCGUGGUGUAAGAUUCGAAGGGCAUCUUUCGGAAGUAGCGUUACAUCGGACAGGAACACCUGCUCCUCUUGGUGGCUGUGAACAUGACAACAGACACUAUGAUGAAGGUAUGACCAUCCAUCAAUCCUGUGACUCGGUCUGUGAUUGUCUUCUGGGUUCAUGGAUCUGCAGACCAAGGGGUUGUCCUCCUGCACCCGAUGUACGUAUCAGCCCUGUUAACUGCAGAGAGGAACCCCACCCAGAUGACCCAGAGUGUUGCACCAUGAUCAAGUGUGAUGAGGGUUCAAACGACUCCAUACAACCAGCUGACUGCAUUGAUGGUGGUGUGCUCCGAGUCCAUGGGGAGACCUACUACCGUGGAUGUGAAGAAGUGUGCUUCUGUGACAAUGGGGUAUCAGACUGCACCCGUAGGUGCCCUGACCCAGGCCAGAUGAUUCCAGACCUCCAGACAUGCCCACACCCUACACUCCUGGAACCACCGGAGGGAGAAUGCUGCCCCCAUUGGUCAUGUCCACCUCCACCAAACUCAUGUGAACUGAACGGCAACACCUAUGAAGAUGGCGAGUUUUUUGACGUUGAUUGUAGCAUGCGAUGUCAAUGUCUUGGCGGUAGUGUUCGAUGUGUCCCUAGAUGUCCGGUCAGCUUUGCUGUUUCCACAGUGAACUGUCCGAACCCAAAGAUGGUUCAGCUACCAGGCGAGUGCUGUCUGCAGUGGGAGUGUGAACAGCCAGCGGCUCCCGGAUGCCUGUACCAUGGUGCCUCAGGGAACAUCAGCAUGGUGGAUGGUGACUGGAUAAAUGAAGACUGUGAUAGCCGAUGCCUCUGUGACAGAGGUACCCUGAUGUGUAUGCCAAUGUGUGCUGAACCAUCACCACCAUCACCAACUCCACUUUGUCCACAUCCUGUAGUUACCAAGCUGAGAGAAACAGACUGCUGUCGGGUGAUUGCUUGUCAUGACCCAAAAGGAGAGAGUCCAAAUGUGGUCCAGGAUGUCUCAGUUCUGGCCUUCAACAUGACGGCCAUUACAGUUGGGUUCACACCACCAGCCAACACUGACCUGAGAGCAAUGACUGAUGGAUACAUCAUCUACUAUACCAAUAGAUCAGAAAAUGUCACGCUUGAUGAUUGGACGGCACUGAGAAAGGAUUUUCCCCUUGGUGUUGAGAUUCGUGGCCACAUCAUGAUGGAGAUAAAUAACCUGUUGCAAGAGACAACAUAUUACCUAAAGAUCAGAGUCAGUAUACCAGAUAAUAUGGACUCCCAGCUGGCCCCACGAUGGCCCAACACUCUACCAAGUACUGAUAUCUUUCUUGUCACUACAUCUGAAAAUGCACCGCAACCAUGUACUUAUAAGGGCAUUGUUUACGAACAUGGUGAGCAUUUUAAUGAUGGCUGUGAGUCUGCCUGUGAGUGCCGAGCUGGAAGAACUAUCUGCCGUGAACUAUGCCCCAAGACAGAAGUAAUUGCAUCUGAACUAUGCCCAAACCCUAGACAGGUUAUCAUCAAGGGUGAAUGCUGUCCAGAGUGGCAGUGUUUUCCAAAUGAUGGUGAUUGCAGCCAUAGCAACAAGAUCUAUCAGAAUGGAAUGGAAUGGCGGGAAGGAUGUGACCUCAGAUGUCGCUGUCAUGAUGGGACAGUUUCAUGUCGCAACGUAUGUAAUAGCACAACAACCAUGCCCAAACAGCUUGAGUGUCCCUACCCUGUACAGGUCCGUGUAGCAGAUACCUGUUGCCUGGAAUGGGUGUGCUAUGAUUUUCCUCCAAGCAACAACAUGGCCAGCAAGCCUCUCCCAUUGCCACUUUCGUUUUUCCUAAUCAACAUUUCUGUAACCAACACAUCAGCAAGAAGUGCGACUAUUAGGUGGCCUGGACUGACAGAUCUGCAGAGACAGUAUAUCGGACAGUUCCGACUCAAGUACAGAGAGCUAACGUAUGGUGGCAAACCAUGGAACAGUACAGUGUCUUUCAGGCCUGAGCUGCGAAAAUAUACCAUCUUAGACUUACGUCCAGCUAGGAGCUACGUUGUACAGCUUGUUGUUUUGGUUGGCUCAUCAAGUGCUCAGGUCGGCAUCCAUCUACAGACGAGUAAAAUUGAAGUCGAUACACUCUGGCUACCAUCCAUCCCAUACCCUGGAGAUGCAUUUGACAUUGAGAUCUAUGAAGUCACAACGACCACAGCAUCCAUUAGGUGGUCGGCAUUACCAAGGGAAAUCAUUUCUCACAUAGUUGGCUGGCGACUCAUGGUUGUAUCAAAGGACGAAAGUCGAGUAUUGGAAUCUGAGAUAGUAGAACGUUCAGCUCUAUCAUACAUGAUACGCAACCUGACAGAGGGCGAAACAUAUCACAUACAGCUCCUUGGUCUAUGGGACAAUGACACUGUCACUCGAGAAGUACGAUCCAAGACUGUAGCAAUUACCACCCACAAACUGUUUAAUACUCAGCAUAAACGAGGACUAUCAUCGCCCAUGUCAGCGAUUAUCGGUACGAUCAUCGCCCUCUGUGUCUUCCUGGUGGUCGUUAUUGCUUUCAUCUAUAUGAGAAUUAAGAAGAGACAUUCAGAGAGGUAUGAUGUGUAUGGCAGAAAUGCAACAAUUAACUUCAGACCAUCCAACUAUGAACACGUCUAUGAAGGGACACACGAAAAUGAUGAACAGCACAGUGAAAGACGGUUCAGCGAUGCAGGUCUGUUAGAAAGUGGUAGAAGAGACAGUGAAGCUGAACUAUUGGACAUUUGAAUGAAUCUUUACCAAAGGGGGGCGUUUCAUAAAGCUGUUCUUAAGUUUAAAAUGACUAUGUUGACCUGUUUGCCUUCGCAUAACAAUUGAUAUUAUGGUAAUUAUGAGGGUGAUGAUGCUCAUUUUAUAUAUAGUAGCCAAUCAAAAUUAAAGAUGCAUUGGAAGUAACCAUUACAGUAACUUGUAUGUAAUGUGGCCCUCUUCUUAUGCUACAUGAAUGUCCUGUCUAAUGAAAUAUGAGUGAUUUUCCUAUGACAUUAAUCUUAUAUUGACAGAUGAUAAACUUUGCAUUGAAACUGUGCUAAACAAGAAUUUGAAUAGAUGAAGGUCGAAUUUCAUAUAACUUCAUGGGAAUCAAAUUGAUUGAAGAUCUGGGCCCCAUCUUACAAAGAGUUACGAUUGAUCCCAUCAACCUCAAGUAUAUGGAAAUCCAUUCUUGACAUAAUUUUUUCUUUAGGAAAUUUGCACAAUGUCCUUUGAAAACAGAGAAGAUUACUUAAUUGUCGAGAAAACGGUGAAAAUGUAUUAAGAUACAUUAUGUAUCGAAAAUAUACCCGCCGAGCAGACAUGGAUUUCAGAUGUUGACGUUGCUGGCUUUCCAUAGUUGUGGUUGAUUAGAUCAAUCGUAACUCUUUGUAAGACGGGGCCCUGAUUAGGAAGUGGGGAAAAUGUCACCAGUCAUGGGUCUCUUAUGAACAGCUUUAUGAAAUACCACCCUUGAAAAUAAAUGUCUGCUUGAGAUGAUAUGA